UCUCACGCCGUUUCUAUUGAGCGAUAUUCAGGGUCUGCCUGCCGAGAGGUGUUUAUCCGGGGCUCGGGAUUCUGCUGUGAGGGAGUGUUGCGCGGCGGGGGGCUGCUGUUCCAGGGAACAUGGGCGUUGACUCUGCCCUGCCUCGCUCCUUGCCCCGUCUCUCAGGAAGAGCUGGACACUAGGCCGAAGGUAUCCUCCUUGCUCAAUCGCAUGGCCAACUACACCAACCUCCCGCAGGGAGCGAAGGAGCACGAGGAGGCGGAGAGCAUCACCACCAGCAAGAAGAGGAACAGCAAGAACCCACAGAUGGGAAUGCUGAUGGGUGUUUACCUGCCGUGUCUACAGAACAUCUUGGGCGUAAUCCUCUUCCUGCGGCUGACCUGGGUGGUGGGGACUGCUGGGAUUCUGCAGUCUUUCUGUAUCAUCUUCCUGUGCUGUUCCUGUACGAUGCUGACUGCGAUCUCGAUGAGUGCCAUUGCCACUAACGGUGUUGUUCCAGGUAUGGAGUUCAGACCCAGCCUUGCUCAGGGUCCUUGCACCCUCUCUCUGACCACUCUGACUCACUGGCCCUGUCCCCCUUCACCUAGAACUCCCACCUUCCCACCGCCCCUGCGUCUGGAUGUGGCUCUGCACACAGUGCGAUGGCUCCUUCCCCUCUUGCCCCCGAUCUGUGGUACCCCUGUCUGUGAUGGACCUGUGUCAUUCCCAACUCCCCUGCAGCCCUCUCAUCCUCCCAUUAAUCUGUCAGCAUCCUGGGGGUUACCAUUGACCAGAACCUGACCUGGACCCAGCCGCAAAUAAACACAGUGGCUACAAGAGCAGCUCAGAGGCUGCGAAUCCUGCAGCGAGUAACUCCCCUCCUGACUCUCUCCCCCCAAAGCCCUGUCCCACCAUCGGGGACAGAGGCUGGGAAUCCUGCAGUGAGUAACUCCCCUCCUGACUCUCCCCCCAAAGCCCUGUCCCACCAUCGGGGACAGAGGCUGCGAAUCCUGCAGUGAGUAACUCCCCUCCUGACUCUCCCCCUAAAGUCCUGUCCCACCAUCGGGGACAGGGGCUGGGAAUCCUGUAGUGAGUAACUCCCCUCCUGACUCUCCCCCUAAAGUCCUGUCCCAUCAUCGGGGAC